UCGGCCUUGUCGCUGGUGUUCGGUGUCGGUUGCGGUGUUGAUGUGAUUGGUGUACUCGGUCUCGGUGUGAUCCGUGUCAUCGGUGAAAGCGGUGUGAUCGUGGUCGAUGUCGGUGUGAUCGGUGUCGGCGUGUUCGGUGUCGGUUGCGGUGGUGGUGUGGUCGCG